AUGCGAGAAAAUCUUACAUUUAAACAUGACAUAGCUAAUCUUAAUCAGGCAUUCGUUGAAGCACAAGUAUAUACUAAAAUAGCAUGUGAUGCAUAUAAAGUUUUGCGAGAAAAAUUUGACGUCAAACAAGCUGUUACAAAGAAACUCAAAUUAGAAUGUGCAACUGUAUCGGAAUCAUAUGAAGCUCGAUUGAAAGAAUUAUCACCAUCAUUAGUAUCGUCGUCUAGAGCAAUAACAGAACAAGAUAAAAUAAAAGAAGAACCAAUUGAUCUUGAUUCUCAAAGAGAAUGCAUAGAAAAACAUUUAAAUGAAAUGAAAAUAAUAAAAGAUCAUCUAGAACAAGCACAACGUCAAUUUGAAAAUCGUCAUAAAGAAUUAAAUAACUGGUAUAGACGCAUGAAAAAACAAUAUGAACAUCUAUUAUCAUGUAUUCAAGAUUGUCAGGCAAAAUUAUAUCUAAAUAUGCGAUUGAAACCAAAAUCAAAAGAAUGUAAUAUGAAUAAAUCAAGUCAAGGAAAUAAUAAUAAAACAAACAAUUCAAAUGAAGAUAUAGAAGAAAUAUUUAUGCAAGUAAAACCAACAUUGUCAUAG